GCUUGUGUCGCGUCUCGGUAACCGGAACAAGCCUGAUGUGAUGCUUUGUAUUUAAAUACCGUUACAAAUCAAAACAGAAAAGUCAGUCCUGUUAAAAAUGAACCGAAUUUUCGGUCGGAGCAAGCAGGCGUCUGCUCCCAACCUGUCAGACUGCAUAGGCAAUGUGGAUACGAGGAUCGAGUCGAUCGAUAAGAAAAUAGCCAGAAUUGACGCAGAGCUAAUGAAGUAUAAGGACCAGAUGAAAAAGAUGAGGGACGGACCUGCAAAAAAUACAGUGAGACAGAAGGCGAUGCGAGUGCUGAAACAAAAGAGGAUGUAUGAAGGCCAAAGAGAUCAGCUUACCCAGCAGUCAUUUAAUAUGGAACAAGCCAACUACACAAUCCAGUCUUUAAGGGACACCAAAACAACGGUGGAAGCUAUGAAGAUUGGAGCUAAAGAAAUGAAGCAAGCAUACAAAGAAGUGAAGAUUGAUCAGAUUGAAGACCUUCAAGAUCAACUGGAAGACAUGAUGGAAGAGGCCAAUGAGGUGCAGGAAUCUCUCAGUCGCAGCUAUGGCACACCAGAAAUUGAUGAGGAUGAACUAGAAGCAGAGUUGGAUGCUCUGGGAGAUGAGUUACUGCUUGACGAUGACAGCUCUUACCUAGAUGAAGCCUCGCCUGCACCCUCCAUUCCUGAAGGAAUGCCCAGUGACACUAAAACCAAUGAGGAUGGCAUUCUGGUUGAUGAGUUUGGCCUACCACAGAUCCCUGCUACAUAGAGAAGGAUAACCCCACUCCAUUGUUUUGUUUAUGUAUGUUAGAGGGAGUUUUUACCUAAAAACAUCAGUAUUGGUGUAUGGUAUUGGAUGGUCUAGAUUGGUAUUUUGGCCUGUCUAUCACAUGACAUUGUUAACUGUUUCUGUUAGUUGUGUUUGCAUCACCUCAUCCAUAACCUCACCCUUAUACGUGGCUUACAGCGGCUUUACUUUGAUACUUCUACCUGUUAACAAGUAACAAAUUACAUUGUUGGGACUGGCAGCAGAGAAUACUACAGUAAACCUUAUGGAUAACUAUGGGUGGGCCAGGAUUGGCUGAGGUGUGCUCGGGCUAGCCAACCUGGUCUCAUGACAAGUCAUGAUAAUAGUAAAAGAUGGAAAAUUGUACGGGUUGACUUUUACUCCCAUAGAGAAAAAUAAACAAACCAAUGAACAAUGUUAAACAAUUGUUCAUAAGAUUAACCCCUAACUCAAACCUAAACAUAAAGUCUAAUCCAAACCAUAAACCUAACCAUAAUUUGAAUAGUAAAAUAAAUUUUGUGAAACACAGCAGAAAGAAAACACCAGGGUUUGGAAUGAGACAGUAUCGUUAUUGACUUACAUCAGUCAUUUGUAUUGUAUAGCCUAAAUAAAUAUGAAAUGAUU